AAAAGAAGGGGCUGGGGGCGGGGGGAUGGUGAGUCGGGGAUAAACACUCCGCAGCGGUGGCGGCUGCUGCUCUGCUCCGGGUUCUGUCACGGUGUCAGCGGUGCCUAGCUCACUGGCCCCCUCCCCCUCCCAGCGAGCGUGGUCGCCAGAGAGGCUCCCUCAGCCCUGCUCCGCGGGGUCCACAGCGGGAAGCGGGUGUCCAGCGGCGGGAGCGAGCCCGUGGGCAGUGGGGGUUGGUCCCGUGGCUCCGGCCCCCGGUGCAGAAUGGCGGCGGCGGUUCGGAUGAACAUCCAGAUGCUGCUGGAAGCGGCCGACUAUCUGGAGCGGCGGGAGAGAGAAGCUGAACAUGGUUAUGCCUCCAUGUUACCAUACAAUAACAAGGACAGAGAUGCCUUAAAACGGAGGAACAAAUCCAAGAAGAAUAACAGCAGUAGCAGAUCAACUCACAAUGAAAUGGAGAAGAAUAGACGGGCUCAUCUUCGCUUGUGCCUGGAGAAGUUGAAGGGGCUAGUGCCACUUGGGCCAGAAUCAAGUCGACACACUACGUUGAGUUUAUUAACAAAAGCCAAAUUGCACAUAAAGAAACUUGAAGAUUGUGACAGAAAAGCCGUUCACCAAAUAGACCAGCUUCAGCGAGAGCAGCGACACCUGAAGAGGCAGCUGGAGAAGCUGGGCAUCGAGAGGAUCCGGAUGGACAGCAUCGGCUCCACCGUCUCCUCGGAGCGCUCCGACUCGGACAGGGAAGAGAUCGAUGUUGACGUGGAGAGCACAGACUAUCUCACGGGUGACCUGGACUGGAGCAGCAGCAGUGUGAGUGAUUCUGACGAGCGGGGCAGCAUGCAGAGCCUUGGCAGUGACGAGGGCUACUCCAGCGCCAGCAUCAAGAGAAUAAAGCUCCAGGACAGUCGCAAGAUGUGUUUCGGUCUCUAAGAGAGUGGUUGCUGCAGCUGCCUCCGCGAAGGUUAUCCCUGUCGGAGCUGAUUAGGUAGUGUAUUGGACCUGCCCACAACGCCCUUGCACGUAAACUUCAGUGUACCACCUUUACCAAAAUCACCUUUGUAACCGUUUCCAAGGAAGUGCUUAGGAUUGUGGGUUUCUGAUUGCAUCCACUAGCUUCUCUCUUUCUCUCCAUAAAAAUUCGUCUCUGAGAGACUGUACAUUCCAAUCAAUUUGAAGCACCCAAGAAUUCUUAGACCGAAUAAGCAAUUUUCACAUCUCAGCAGUUUCCCUCUUCUUUACUGUCCUCGUGUAUUCCACCAGACCUUUCGUACGGUUUUCUGGCUUACCAUGUUACUUGCAUAGGAGGAUUGUCCAAGUGUGUCUUGUGCUUAGGAAACUGAAGGAAACAAACUUUUAAAGUUGAGAUCCUGAUCUCAGAACUCCAAAGUAAGCUUUGAAAGCGGCGUUUAAGAACACUUAACCAUGGACCUCACCCCCAGUGAGGAAGUCAGGAAUACCUCUGGAAAACACCCCCUUCCCACACAGCCCAUGUGGAUGGGAGCAGUAUUUCUCACUUUAAAACGGACACCUUGAUAGCGUGUCUUUGGGGGUUGCACAGCUUAUAAAAGUUCCAAAUUGUUUGUUCUCACAAACAAAACGGUACAAUCUAUUUUUGUGCGAUAUUCUUGGGACCUUGCUGUGUACCGCUAUCUCAAGGCACAUUUUCCCCUCAAAGUUUGCUAAUGCUACUUGUCUCUGGAACAUUUUUUUUUUCCUACCUCAGAGAUAAAUGAGAUCUCCAUUUCCCACUUAACACAAAGUGAUUAUGCCUCUUUUUUUUUUUUUUCCAAAUAAGUGACAUUUGGUCCAAUUCUAAUAUAUUUUCCUAUUUAACUUUCAGCAAUAACUGAGCUUUGGCACUAGCUGAGCUAGUGGCCAUGAUCAGUGAAAGAAAAAGUCCACAUUUCUACUCUCUAUGUUGCAGGUGAACAGGAGGGGAUGGUACGGUGUUACUAGAACUCCUCUCCGUAUUAUUUUUGGACACACCCAGAAACUUCUUUAUGGAGGCUUUUGGGUUGAUAGUUUAAAAGGCUGAUUUUUCUUUUUGGUUUUGAUUUUUCCCUUAAGUGGUCUCCCACUUUGUAGCAUUUUUAUUUAAGCUAAAACAGAGCACAUGUAUAUGUACAUAAGACACAUUAAAUCUAUAAAUACUAUUUAUUCAUUUUAUAUAAACUAAUGUAAUGGAAA